AUGGCGAGCCGAGGGGCUCGUCAGCGCCUGAAGGGGAGCGGGAGCAGCGGCGGGGACACGGUCUCGGCCGCGGACAAGCUGCGGGAGCUGCUGUGCAGCCGUGAGGCGAGCGGCGCGGAGCCGCGGACAGAGUUAUCUGGGAACAAAGCAGGACAAGUUUGGGCACCCGAAGGAUCUACUGCUUUCAAGUGUCUGCUCUCAGCAAGGUUAUGUGCUGCUCUCCUGAGCAACAUCUCUGACUGUGAUGAAACCUUCAACUACUGGGAACCAACACACUACCUCAUCUAUGGGAAGGGGUUUCAGACUUGGGAAUAUUCCCCAGUUUAUGCGAUUCGCUCCUAUGCUUACCUAUUGCUUCAUGCCUGGCCAGCUGCAUUUCAUGCAAGAAUUCUUCAGACUAAUAAGAUUCUUGUCUUCUACUUUUUACGAUGUCUCCUGGCUUUUGUGAGCUGUAUCUGUGAACUUUACUUUUACAAGGCUGUGUGCAAGAAAUUUGGGCUGCAUGUAAGUCGAAUGAUGCUGGCCUUCUUGGUUCUUAGCACUGGCAUGUUUUGUUCCUCAUCAGCAUUCCUUCCUAGCAGCUUCUGUAUGUACACCACGUUGGUAGCCGUGACCGGCUGGUAUAUGGACAAGACUUCAGUUGCUGUGCUUGGAGUAGCCGCUGGGGCUAUCUUGGGCUGGCCGUUCAGUGCUGCUCUUGGUUUACCCAUUGCCUUUGAUUUGCUGGUCAUGAAACACAGGUGGAAGAGUUUCUUUCAUUGGUCUCUGGUGGCCCUAAUACUCUUUCUGGUGCCUGUGGUGGUCAUUGAUAGCUACUACUAUGGGAAGCUGGUAGUUGCACCAGUGAACAUCGUCUUGUAUAAUGUCUUUACUCCUCAUGGACCUGAUCUUUAUGGUACGGAGCCCUGGUAUUUCUAUUUGAUUAAUGGAUUUCUUAAUUUUAACGUAGCCUUUGCUUUGGCUCUCCUAGUCUUACCACUGACUUCUCUCAUGGAAUACUUACUGCAGAGAUUUCAUGUUCAGAAUUUAGGCCACCCAUAUUGGCUUACCUUGGCUCCAAUGUAUAUUUGGUUUAUAAUUUUCUUCAUCCAGCCUCACAAAGAGGAGAGAUUUCUUUUCCCUGUAUAUCCACUUAUAUGUCUCUGUGGUGCUGUGGCCCUCUCUGCACUUCAGGUGAGUUUCAGGGAAAUGGAUAAAUGCUACCACUUCGUGUUUCAGCGAUACCGCCUGGAGCAUUACACGGUGACGUCAAACUGGCUGGCCUUGGGAACACUCCUUCUGUUCGGGCUCUUGUCCUUCUCUCGCUCUGUGGCGCUGUUCAAAGGGUAUCACGGACCCCUUGAUCUGUAUCCAGAAUUUUACCGAAUUGCCACAGACCCAGCCAUCCACACUGUCCCAGAAGGCAGGACCGUGAAUGUCUGUGUAGGAAAGGAGUGGUAUCGCUUUCCCAGUAGCUUCCUUCUGCCUGAUAAUUGGCAGCUUCAGUUCAUUCCAUCGGAGUUCAGGGGUCAGUUACCAAAACCUUUUGCCGAGGGACCACUGGCCACCCGAAUUGUUCCUACUGACAUGAAUGACCAGAACCUGGAGGAGCCAUCCAGAUACAUUGACAUCAGUAAAUGCCAUUAUUUAGUGGAUUUGGACACCACGAGAGAAACGCCCCGGGAGCCGAAAUACUCAUCAAAUAGAGAAGAAUGGAUCAGCUUGGCCUACAGACCAUUCCUUGAUGUUUCUAGAUCUUCGAGGUUGCUGCGGGCAUUCUAUGUCCCCUUCCUAUCAGAUCAGUAUACAGCCUAUGCAAACUAUACCAUCCUCAAACCCCGGAAAGCAAAGCAAAUCAGGAAGAAAAGUGGAGGUUAGCAACACACCUGUGGCCCCAAAGGAUGACCAUCCUCUUAACUAGUGAUUGCACUGACGGGACUCCCUCGAAGUCAUCAUUUGUAACGUUUGUAAUAAAGGCAGUCUCGCACGGAUGCUGGAAUCUGGGUGCUUUGGGCUGAUCAGAGUCAUUCACAUUCACGUCUUGCCUGUGUCUCUGUUCUGCAUGUAAACUUUUUGCAGCUGGGCAGAAAAAGGCCCUACAGUCUGGUAGAUAAUGUUGCUCUACAUCUUACUGUUUUUCUUCUGUUCAAUUGUUUACUAGACCGGAGAAGAGCAGAACCACCUUACAGGAAGAAUUGAAAAUCCCAGAACUGGAUGGCCGCGUUAAGCUCUUCUCCAUACUCUGGCCUGGCAUCUGAGAAUUAGCAAGCCUCUUUGGGGCCAUAUGGGCUUUUGCCACCAAAGCUGUUUGGCAGCUCCUAGCAUUCCUUGUUCAAAUCCUAGUGCUGAAAAUGAGCACAGCCUAAUUGCCAACCUACAUGUCCUUCUCACCUUGUGCAAGACUAAGCUUCUCUUAAGCACUUCACAGGACUAGGACCUUGUCCUGGAGAUAUCUCAGGAAAAAAGGCAACCAUUUGAGGAACUGUAACCUAAUUUUGUUAUAUAGGAUGCCUCUUAUUUUCAUUUUAUUUCCUUUACAACAAACUGUAACUAUGUUUUCUUUAAGUUUUAGCAUGCCGUUUCUUGAAUUCAAGACUUCUCUGUAGAAAGGUAUCCACAGACCAGGCCAUAAUUGUACAGGACUUUUUUGGAGAAAAUGAAUUCUAUCACUUGGUAGGUUUGGAUGGCCUCACAUUUUUAAGUAAUGUAUUCUGAGGCCAUUUCUGAGGAAAUUAAGACUUUCCCUUUUUUUCACAACCCUAGUGGAAAAGGCCAGUGUGUAUUUGUAGCACUGAUUUUUGAGUCUGUCUAUUGCAAAGCACAUUCUGCAUGGGGCACUUUUAGUCAAAUAGGCAAUGAUAAAGACCUGAUUAAAAUGUAAUGAGUAUAUACUGUGACUAUACACACAGUACUCCACAGUUUACAAAGCACUUCCACAUUAUCUCAUUUGGUCCUCACAAUCAUGGCGUGAGGCAGGCAAGGCAAGUGGUUUUAUCCCCAUUUUACAGAUAAUGACUUCGGGGGGCACGGGGAAGGUCAAGCGGCAUGGCCAAGAUCACAUGACCAGUCAGUAACAAAGCUAGGACUGGAGCCUGGGUCCCCUAACUGCUCCCCUAGUGCUCUUCCUACUUCCUCUCUCAACUCUGAAGACCUCACUUGGAAGAAUGAUGGUGUUGGCCAGAUACCCGAUAGAUAAUGUAACUUUCUAUUUUAAGGAAGACGUACCUGUAUUUCUUUGAGUUCUUCAGAACCUCCACUGUGCCUGUCAGUCCGUCACAGCAGCACCCCACCAUGCAGCCCAGCCUGUGGCAGGAAAGUAGUGCUCAUGAUUGGAAGCCCUGUUCCUUGGCAGCCCCACAGGAUCUAUCAGUUGGAUUCCCACAUAGGCCAUCUGGGGUCCUAUUCUAGGUGCCUUAUUUCCUCAAGGUAAUUGUGUCUAGUAUCUGCAUAUAGGAUAAAGCUAUUUUCCAGAGGUUUCAUCUUUCAUUUUUCAGGGAGAAGGGCUUUCCAACAGGAACUGAUCCCAAGAGAGGAGAAGAGAAGUCAUAGGGGAGGAAGUGGCCAGUUCCCACACAACACGUCUCCUCCUUGGUAUCCCUCUAAUGGAAUUUCUGGGUUUGAAGCAUUGGAGAGGAACUCAGUGUAGACAGCUUAGAACAGUAACUGGAGAGUGAAGAUAAGCCAGGGUCCCACUUGCUGCUUUAAAGUUUUCUGGCAUUUAACCUAGUAUUUGGUCCCUGCUUUCUGAGCCAGAUACUGGCAUCUGUGGUCUGACUCCAGGGUAGAGAAUUUUUGGUGAAAGCUCUUGUCCUACCUGCAGAACAGCAUACUGUCAUUCACGAGGGCUAAAGCACUCUGCUUUUUGCGGAAGUAAAUGAGCCCCAUCACGGAGGUCCAGGGCGAGUAGCUGUUUUCCUGAUCUGAGUGAUACAGUGCUGGUCUAUUUUUAUCAUCUUGCAUGUUAAAAAAAAAAAAGCCUUCUGAGUAAGAACUUACUGUAAUAGAGCACAAAAAAGAUCACAAUUGAUCCAGGGAUUCCUUGGGAAUAUCCGUUCCUACCCCCUUUUAAGACCAGGUUUCGGUUUCCUCUGUUCUAGGUCCAUCUUUAGUGAGCACAAUAGAUGGAACACUGUGCCAAAUGCUGUGGGUAAGGGAUGUAAAGGUGAAUGUUUUUUGUUGUAAAAAUGAGUAUUUCUCAUGUGAUGUUCUAUAACCACACUGAACAAAAAUCUCAAUCUCAACAACCCCAGGGAGGCCAGAUUUGCCUGGGAAGGAGUUUUGAAACACCUGGUCACACAAGCCUUUCUCUUCUGGAGAACCCGUGUUCCGCAGGAGCUACCAAAACUCUGCUCACCGUGAAGAUGUAUUCUCUGGGGCACUCGUUUCUCCCCAGGUUGUUGAGGUUUGGGAAAAAUGAAGGACCACAGAUGACUUCUGAGAACUUUGAUUAUGGAGCUGAGCGAGGGAGCGGGUGUACUUGGUAGUUGCAGGGCUUGCUGAUCUCUAACGUUUAUUUAUUUCUUAGUAAUCUCUGUGUGGGACUCAAA